CACUCCAUCUUUCGCUCCCUUCCUUUAUACUUAUUUCCCGCUCGACAUCUGCUGAGGCGGCAGCAACCACACUAGACUCGCUGGGCAUCCCAACUACAGCUGCCAGCAAUGUCUACCUCUGCUGAGAGCGUCAACCUGAAGUCGCAGCAGAAAAAGGCCAAGGACGGCUUAUUCUCAAGGAAGAACAAGGAGGAGCAGAAGACCAGCGAGAAGGUGCAGGGGCAGGUCAAUGAGAAGCAGACAAGCGAGGGCACCGUCAUUCUCGACGAUGGGCGGCCAAGGGUGGAGGAAAUCCGUCCUGUCGGAUUCGCGUCGCUUUUCAGGUUCUCGACGAGACUUGAGCUUUUCCUCGACUUCAUUGGUUUAAUCGCAGCCGCCGCGGCCGGCGCUGCGCAACCCCUCAUGAGUUUGCUCUUCGGGCGUUUGACGCAAGAUUUUGUUGCUUUCGGAAUAACUUCUGAAGCUGCAGCGGCAGGUGAUCCAGCUGCCCAGGCAGCUCUGCCCGCUGCCGCUUCGAAUUUUAGGCAUUCUGCUGCUCAAAAUGCGCUCUACCUCACGCUUAUCGGCGUCGGCAUGUUUGUUUGCACCUACCUUUACAUGCUGAUAUGGGUAUGGACCGGCGAGGUCAACGCCAAGCGCGUUCGCGAAAGAUACUUGCAAGCGGUUUUGAGACAGGAUAUUGCGUAUUUCGAUAAUGUCGGCGCUGGAGAGGUCGCUACUCGCAUCCAGACUGACACGCACUUGGUCCAACAAGGCAUCUCAGAGAAGGUUGCUCUCGUAGUGAACUUCUUCGCUGCAUUCGUCACUGGUUUCGUGCUUGCGUAUAUCCGAUCAUGGCGUCUGGCCCUUGCUUUGUCCUCCAUCUUGCCUUGUAUUGCUGUGACCGGGGGUGUUAUGAACAAGUUCAUCUCCACCUACAUGCAGCUCUCCCUCAAGUACGUCGCUGAGGGCGGCACUCUCGCUGAAGAGGUCAUUUCAACUGUCCGCACUGCACAAGCCUUCGGCACGCAGAGAAUCCUUGCGGACCUGUACGACAAGUACAUUCUGGACUCUCGAAAAGUUGACUUGAAAGCUGCGCAGUGGCAUGGGUGCGGUCUUGCUGUGUUUUUCUUUGUAAUUUAUUCUGCGUAUGCACUGGCUUUCAACUUUGGUACUACCCUCAUCAACGAAGGACAUGCUCAACCCGGGACUGUUGUCAACGUUAUCCUCGCUAUCCUAAUCGGUUCAUUCUCCUUGGCUCUUCUUGCCCCCGAGAUGCAGGCGAUCACACACGGACGCGGUGCCGCGGCCAAGCUCUAUGCUACUAUUGAUCGUGUCCCUUCUAUCGAUUCUGCUAGCCCUGCUGGUCUGAAGCCCGAGAAUGUGACAGGCCACAUCAGCUUCGAGCACGUCAAAUUCAACUACCCCUCUCGACCUAAUGUGCCCAUUGUCAAGGACCUCACGAUCGAGUUCCCUGCUGGGAAGACCUGUGCGCUUGUAGGCGCAUCCGGUUCUGGCAAGUCCACGAUCGUCAGCAUGAUCGAGCGGUUCUACGACCCUAUUGAAGGUGUUGUCAGAUUAGAUGGCACUGACCUUCGGGAGCUCAACCUGAAGUGGUUGCGAAGCCAGAUCGGUCUUGUCAGUCAGGAGCCGACGCUGUUUGCCACCACUAUCAAAGGCAACGUCGCGCACGGCCUCAUCAAUACUCCUUUUGAGCACGCUUCGGAGGAGGAGAAGAUGAAGCUGAUUACUGAGGCGUGUAUUAAGGCCAAUGCUCACGGCUUCAUCACCAAGAUGCCGAUGGGUUACGACACCAUGGUCGGUGAGCGCGGUUUCUUGAUGAGUGGUGGACAGAAGCAGCGUAUCGCCAUUGCCCGUGCUAUCGUCAGUGACCCCAAGAUUCUGUUGCUGGACGAGGCUACCUCCGCGCUGGACACCCAGAGUGAGGGUAUUGUGCAGGACGCUUUGGACAAGGCCGCCCAGGGCAGGACGACUAUCACCAUCGCUCACCGGCUGUCUACCAUCAAGAAUGCUGACCGCAUCUUUGUCAUGGGCGAGGGUCUCGUGCUUGAGCAGGGCACACACGAGGAGCUCCUGCGCGAUGAGAACGGGCCCUACUCGAAACUCGUGGCGGCUCAGAGGCUUCGGGAGCGCAAGGAAGAAGAUGCGAAGGGUGACGUUGAGAGCGACACUGACUCUACGGACGUUGGCACUCAGCAAGAGCACCAUCACGAGGAUAUGGAGAAACAAGCCGCCGCCGAAGUCCCCCUUGGAAGGAGCAACACGAACCACAGUCUGGCUAGCGAGAUCAUCAAGCAGAAGCAGGCGCAGGCGGAGAAGAGCCGGGACAAAAGGCAGACAGGCGAGGAGGACUACUCGCUCGUGUACCUUUUCCGGCGCAUGGGUAUCAUCAACCGGGAGGGUUGGUGGCGGUAUGCCGUCGGUUCCAUCUUCGCUAUCUUGUCCGGCGGUGUCUAUCCCGCGUUCGGUGUUGUCUUUGCCAAGGGUAUCAACGGAUUCUCUAUGCAGGACCCCCAUGCGCGACGCGUACAGGGUGACCAUUCCGCUUUAUACUUCUUCAUCAUUGCUUUGGGCUCUACGUUAAGCAUUGGCAUGCAGAAUUACCUCUUCGCCUCGUCCGCUGCUACCCUUACUGCUAGACUUCGCAGCCUUGGGUUUAAGGCAGUUCUGCGACAGGAUAUUGCUUUCUUCGAUAAGGAUGAGAAUAGUACCGGUAGUCUCACAUCAGGGCUAAGUGAUAACCCUCAGAAGGUCAAUGGUCUGGCUGGUAUUACUCUCGGGGCUAUUGUCCAGAGUAUUUCUACAUUGGUUUCGGGUAUGAUCCUCGGUCUCGUCUUCGGGUGGAAAUUGGCUCUUGUUGGCAUCGCCUGCACUCCGGCUUUGGUUUCUACGGGUUACAUUCGUCUGCGCGUCGUCGUCUUGAAGGACCAGAAGAACAAGAAGGCACACGAAGGUUCCGCGCAACUUGCUUGCGAGGCGGCUGGCGCCAUUCGGACUGUGGCCUCUCUCACCCGUGAGGAGGACUGCCUGCGUCUGUACAGCGAGAGUCUGGAAGAGCCCUUGCGCAAGUCAAACCGCACUGCUAUCUACAGCAAUGCGCUGUACUCCCUCUCUCAGGCUAUAGUUUUCUUCGUCAUUUCCCUCGUUUUCUGGUACGGGUCGCGGUUGGUGGCUAGUCAAGAAUACUCGGUCUUCAAAUUCUUUGUCUGUCUCAUGAGUACAACAUUCGGUGCCAUCCAAGCCGGGAACGUGUUCUCCUUCGUGCCGGAUAUCUCCUCAGCGAAGGGCGCGGGAUCCGAUAUCAUCCGACUGCUGGAUUCUACGCCCGAAAUAGACGCGGAAUCCAAGGAAGGGGACAUCCUCGACCACGUUGAAGGUCGCAUUGAGUUCAAGGGCAUUCACUUCCGUUAUCCAACCCGGCCUGGUGUCCGUGUCCUUCGCGAUCUCAACCUCACCAUCCAGCCAGGCUCGUAUGUUGCACUGGUCGGCGCUAGCGGCUCCGGAAAGAGUACCACUAUCCAACUUAUUGAGCGCUUCUACGACCCGUUAGCUGGCAAAGUCUUGCUUGAUGGCCACAAUAUCGCCGAUCUGAACGUGCAGGAGUACCGGAAGCACAUUGCCUUGGUGUCUCAGGAGCCAACUCUAUAUGCGGGCACUGUUCGUUUCAAUAUCCUUCUCGGUGCUACCAAGCCGGAGUCGGAAGUCACGCAAGAGGAAAUCGAGAACGCUUGCCGCUCAGCGAAUAUCCUGGAAUUCAUCCAGUCUCUACCCAAUGGCUUCGAUACGGAAGUCGGCGGCAAAGGCUCUCAGCUAUCUGGGGGCCAGAAGCAACGUAUCGCUAUUGCCCGGGCCUUGCUUCGGAAUCCGAAAGUCCUUCUUUUGGAUGAGGCUACUUCCGCUCUGGAUUCCAAUUCGGAGAAGGUUGUACAACAGGCUCUCGAUCAGGCAGCGAAGGGUCGGACAACGAUUGCUAUCGCUCACCGACUUUCAACCAUCCAGAACGCUGACUGCAUAUACUUCAUCAAAGACGGACGGGUAGCGGAAGCCGGUACCCACGACGAACUGCUAUCAAUGAAGGGUGACUACUACGAAUACGUACAAUUACAAGCACUGAGCAAGAAGUGAGGAUCUACAACAGACAGACUUUGGCCAUGGGACUCCUAGAUCACGAUCUCGCUACCACUGUAUCACGACUCAUACCACGCCGCUUUUCUUUAUAUUAAUAUCUACUGGUACAACGCUUUCGUUUUCGCUACUUCGCAUUAGGGAAUACUGUUAUUUUCAGACUGUCGUCGUCGUAAUUUUGCUAUUGAUGCAUGCAUGGAA